UUAAAUGCAAUAUCAAGGUAUGUAAUGUUUUUUUAAGGUUUGGUUGGCUCUAGUUGCCUUUAUUAGAAAGUAGUUUGACAGGAAGGGUAAUGAGAGAGGGGGAAGACAUGCGGCAAAUGUCGCCAGGCCCGGAAUCAAACCUGCGACCACUGCCACGACCAAGGCCUCCAUAUGUGGGCUGUGCUUUGCCCCUGUGCAACCACAGCACCCAAGGUAUUUAAUUUAGGAAGAUUAUUUUAUUUUUGAAAUUAAAAGUAGUUAACAGGUUGUGCAGGUUGUUUUUUUACGUUGUUAUUGACAAACGUCAAAACUGUUUCACUACAGAAGCAAAGAGUGGACAUUUUCUGUAACAGUUUGUGGACAAUUAAAGGAAUCAUUUCAAACCACCGAAGCUUAAACUAGUACUGUGUAUGGUCCUGCUAACACUGAAAAACUAGAUUAAUUGAUGAUGUAGAUGAGGACUUCACCCAAUCUGCUGUCAAGUCUGUUUAAAGUGGUUCCAGGUGUUUAAUUGGGACCUAUCUGUUAGGGUGCCUCCACUUUGGAAAGUUUAACCCAAAUGUGUUUUUUCCUGUCGUUGUUUUUGUAACAGCCAGUUCUGCAACAACAACAAAAAUGAUGUCAGGUCAUGCAUAUUGUAAUUUAAAGAGUAAUGGGGAAUUUAUUAGAAGCCAGAUUGUGUUUAUUUUUAUUACCUGCACAGUUGUCCCUUGACAAGAGAAUGAGUAGGACUUGGGGGGGCAAAGUGAUUCAGCAAACUGAAAGGCUCCCAGUGAAUGUGUGUUCUCCCGAAAAAACACAUUUUCUUUCACGAGGCUUAAAUGUAUCAACACAAAAAUAAUGUUAAUGCAAUAAUUAGUUCUUACGUUAAAUAGUUCAUGUUUUUCCUUUAAGUUAAAAAAAAGAUUAAAUAAUCCAGUCCCAGUUUUAUCACUCGCCAGUUCAAUCCAGUAAUUUGCCACAAACAACAACAAAAAAAGGAGAAAGCGAAUCAAAGAUUAUUGAAUAUGGAAAUAGGUUUUAAUAGGGAAUUGAAAUUUGAGAUUGUAGUUGCUCAGUUAAAUAAUAAUGAAGGAAAAUGGAAGGCAUUUCGGGGUUUUUUAAAUACCGGACUCAUUGGGAGAAUUUGAGGAAUAAGUAUUAGGAUCCAAGAGAUGGCAGUAGUGCAACAAUAAUGAAUGCAAGCUCCCGUUAAAAUCGAAAGACGAGGAAGAAAAACUCCAUUCCGGGUUUUUCAACCAAUCCACAAAGAGAAGCCCAAACAACCAAGUACACCUCGGAUCGUAAACUUCAACUCCAACCUGCGGCAGAAAACGCUUAGAGAAAAAUCAUGUGAUUGGACUCACGCAACAGGUGCUGGCGGUAAGGCACUGCACUGCUGUCCACCUCGAUUUACAGACAAGCCUCUCUAGUAGAGAGACUACUUCCUGCGGUGCCUUUUUCACCAGUGCCUUGAGUUUCCAGCCGAAGUUGUCUGUAGGAUCUCCACUGCUCUGUCGUUAAUGAGGAGAGGUAUAUUUGUAGGUGUAUGGAAUGUGUUUGGCGCCAAGAAGAAUGUAUUCUUAUACCAGACUGAAACUCUUUCCCAUUGACAAGAAUCCCACUGCCAGAUGGAGUUUUCAUUUAAAGCUGUUGACGUUCCUGCUCUUUGUGACUGUCAUCGGGGUGUUUUUAAAGUCUGGUAACAUCGAAUGGCUCUGGUUUCAAGAUCAAAGUCAGCCUGAUGGUCAACAUGAUGGCCAGCAUUAUUUCCAGCAUGAUGGUCAGGAUGAUCAUGCUGAUAAAAGUCAGCGAGAUCUGGAUUAUUCUGAGGAUACUGCGUGGUGUCGUCAUCCUCAGAAAGGUUCUGUCGCGCCAUUUUUGUCUGCCAAGACCAAACUCUCAGAGGACGCUUUCAAAUGGUGGAAGCAUGUACAGAAGGAACAAGGCAACCUCAGUUAUUUUGAAGAAACGGUGAAUAAGCUUUUUGAAAUAUUCCCACCCAUUCCCGAUCUUGGAAAGCCGAAGUUUAACUUGUGCUCGACUUGUGCAGUGGUGGGGAAUUCUCUUAAUCUGAAAGGUUCAAAUUACGGACCUCUUAUAGAUUCCAAAGACAUAAUUAUGAGAAUGAACUUUGCCCCAACCAAAGGCUAUGAAGAAGAUGUGGGCACCAAGACAACGCAUCAUGUCAUGUAUCCGGAGAGUGCAGUUGACUUGGACAACAGUACUCAUCUUGUACUGCUUCCAUUUAAGAUACUGGAUCUAGAGUGGCUCAUCAGGGCCUUUACAACAGGAUUUCAUGGACGAUCCUAUGCACCAAUAAAAUCCAGAAUUCAGGCCAACAAAGAUUUGGUGAUUGUGAUCAGUCCAGCUUUUAUGAAGGACGUCCAUCAAAUUUUGCUAAAAGAGAAGGGAAGUUAUCCUUCCACUGGUUUUCUGACUGUGGUUCUUGCACUUCACAUUUGUGAUGAGAUUAGUGUUUUUGGAUAUGGGGCAGACCGCAACGGACAAUGGAGCCAUUACUUUGAAACACUGAAAGACAAAAGCUUCAAAACAGGAAAACAUCCUGGACAACAGGAGUAUAAAAUACUACAAAAGCUGAAUUUUGAAAAACUGGUGAAACUUUACCCUGGGGCGUGAAUUCUUCUCCUGAAACAGACCUGAUGUAAGGGAGUUGUAGAAAGAAAGGCUGAGUGAAUCAGUGUUACUGUGUCCAUUAAACCUCAAAUGUAAGUUAAGAAAUGUGACGGCUUAGAAGAAAGAGUCACAAAAUGAUCACCAGAUACCAGUGUUUAAAAAAAAGAAGCCUUUAGCCUGUCACUCCGUUAUCCAUGUCCAGAUAUGUUUCUUUAAAUUUCUGAUGACAUUAGUGCCACCUGCAGGCUUUGGUUAGUUAGUCCCAGAGACGGUGUAAAAGCAGAUCUUUCAAAACAGAAGAAAAAAGGGGGGCAGGGGGUGAAAAUAUCGAGUGGUGGAGCUCGUGUUUGAAACUAAAGGUGCUCCUACAUUGUUUCUUAUAUUCACACUUAUGUUGAUGUACAUACGUACAUCCCUCCUACUUCCGGCUCAGUAUUCUCACAUUUAUCUAUUUGCAAAUUUGUCUGUGGAAUGUGACUGCACUAUUCACUUAGCACAGGUGCACCUCUGGGCCGUGUGCUUAGCCCCCUCUUCUACUUACGCUACACCUACUAUUUAGUCCAUCAAACUGUGAUCAAGUUCACAGAUGACACCACUGUGAUCAGAGUCAACUCAGGAGACAUUGAGUCUGCAUAUCAGCAGGAUGUUUAUAUAAUAAUGCCUGGUUCAUUUUGGCUGCAUAUUCCCACAGUAAAUCUAUUUAUUUGGAUGGCUUGUAUUUUUUCGUUUGAAAAUGCAUCUGCACACAGUAGUGGCUUCAGAAAAUUCAAAAUCUCAGAUUAUCAGAUGCAUGUGACUAAUGCCAGUCUGGGCAGGAGGUGGCAGUAGCAAUCUGCAGUAGAGCUGUAUUAUAAAGCAUAAAGUCAGCGUCGGUGUCAGGCAUUGAUACAUUUUUCAGUUUCUGCAGAUAAUUUUAAAUAUUCAACCAUAUACCCAGAGCCAUCUCUAGCCAUUUUGGUGUGCAGGGACAGACUUAUUACUAGGUAAAGCAACAAAAUAAUAAACAAAGCACACACACAUAAGUUCAGAGGAAUUAAAAUAAUAUAGUUUUUCGAGUUUGUGGCAACAUCCACCCAUCUAGAAACUCCUUGUCAAAGCCUAUUUUCAUGUCUACCAGCAGGCAUUGUGUUGCUUUCUGUGCUGCCCCUGUAGUUGUCCAAAUUAAUAGUGCUCUUAUUCUGUUGGGGGUUUAAAAAUACCAUUACAUUUUGAAACUCAACCAGGAUAGAGCAGUCAUUGUCAUCUUUCCCAAGCUCUACAGACAAAAGUAGAAAAUGCAAAAGAUUUCCCCAUCGUACAUCCAACUCAGAAUUUUAUCCUCAGACAAUUAAAAUACAUCUGCACAUCUGCAUUAUCUUUGUUUCUACAUUCACAUCAAGAAAAUCUUAAGCCAGCAUACAGGGGACGGUAAAUGACAAAACAAUAUUCAUCUUCCACCGCAUUGCUACUUUUGUCAGUAUUUUUGCCUUUACUGUGGAUCCCUCAUUGGGAAACGCAUAAACCAGUUUAUUGUGGCUCCGAAACGUUUGCUGGGUUUUACUUCAUGGUAAUGUUGGGAACUCUUUGUUUGCUUAUUCCAUUUAAAAGUCCCAAUUUUUGAAAAACAUGAUCUCAUUCAGCAGAUCUGUGACUAAUAUUUUCCUCCAAUACAAAGACGUAUUCACUGUUUCAACUCUGACAGUAAUGCUAUGAGAAUUCAAGGUCGAUACACAUUCCUUGUGCAUCGACCUUGUAGAACAGGAGUUCAGAGGAAUCAACGGUUAAAAUAAUAUAACCGUUAAUUCCUCACUAUCAACUCUGAUAGUAAAGCUAUCAGAGUUGAAACAUUUGCUUGUGUAAGUGUGGGAUGUUGUGUUGAUUUGGUCAACAAGUCGGCAGGACUGAGCAACAUCCUUGUUUGCUUUUUCUGUAGACGCCGAUCCUCUGACUCCUCACUGUCACCUUGUGAACUGUGACUUGUUACAUUUUGUUACAUCGGCAGAACUUUAGAUCAUGCAUCAUGACGGCCACCUAACUGUUACACACACUUGAGUUACACACACAUUUCUACAUUUGAUCUCAGAACUAUGCAGAAUUAUUAUUAUUUUUUUCGUUCUGCUUUUGUGACUGUACCAAAGAAUAAUCAUGGAAAGAUCAGAAUGGAAAUGGCAAAUCACAAGGUGAUCAGUGUAAAGCCGAAAUGUUGAAGAGCAAAGUUAAAUAAAAAUAAUGUUUAAGAAUAA